GAAAAUAAAUAAGCAAUUGGAAGUCAUAACAGUUUUCUGUUUAAAAUAUGGAAAAAAAAACAAAUAUAAUUACAUGAGUGAAAUCAGGAAAUAUUGAUAAAUAGAAUACUACACAUAUUUACCACAUUUAAUACAUAAACAUUAUCUUAUAAAGUAUCCAAGAUGGGAUUCAAUUGAGACAUGUAUAAACAUAAUAUUUAUAUAUAUACAUAUAUAGAGUUAGUGAUAUAUUAGAACAUAUCCUUCAUCAAGGAAAACAGCGAUAACACUAGUAUAGAAAGAUACAGAAGUGAAAAAAAAAAUUAAAUAAUGAACAAUCAGUUGCCAGCAGAAUCUUUGACAACCGCAACAAUCAAUGGAAACACUUAUGACAGUUUAUUAACUAUGUCACAAAAGUAUACAGAAUUACUUAAUUUGUGCACAUCAAUGCUUAUGAUGAAUAGUGCAACUAUAAAUAUGAAUCAAACUUUCACAAGUAAUUGGAUUGAUGAAAUCAAUCAUAAAGCCAACUUAUCGAAUUCACCAACUCAUUCAAAAUCCGAUCAAUUGCCAACAUCUAGAGCACAUAUUUUUCCGACAUCUUUACAAUUAAAUCAACCAAAAUAUCAAACAUCACAAUCUCCAUUAUUAUUUGAUUUCUCUUCAGAUCUAGGCAAAACUGAGCAUUCAUCGCAUCGCAUACCAAGUUGGCGUAAUUUUCUAAUUUGUAUUUACACUCUAUUAACAAUAUGCGGAGCAACAUUCAAUUUAAUUUUGAUAUUUGCCUUGUUAAAAUUUAGAAAACAAACAUUAUCGCACAAUAUUACAAAUUUGUUUGUAUUAUGCUUAGCUGUAUCCGAUAUAUUUUUGUGUUCAGUGAGUAUGCCAAUACAAUUAUAUUAUGAAAUGACAGAGAAUCAUAAACCAAGUACAGAUUUAUGCCGAGUAUUAUUUAGCAGUUUCGGUAUACCAAUGUAUAUAUCAUGCCUAACUAUUUUAUUAAUUGCAUUUGAUAGAUAUCGUCUUAUUGUUUAUCCAUUAAAAACACAAUUAACACCGAAAGCAGCAUUUGGUCUAAUUAUUAUUGUCAUAUUAUUUAGUGCAUUGAAUUCAAUACCAGUUGCAUUACAAGUAAAUAGUGAAGGUUUAAAUGAAUAUCAUUAUUGUGUAGAAUCAUGGCCAAGUCCACAAUUACGAUUUGCUUAUUCUGUAUCCAUUUUUGUCAUAUUAGUGCUAUUACCCUUAAGUGCAUCAGGUGGAUUUUAUUUAGCUAUCUAUCGACGAUUAAAACAACGACCUUGUCAAUUAAAUGCUAGUAAAGAAGCAGAAAAACGUAAAAAGCGUACAACUAGUUUAUUAGUAAUAACAGUUGUUUGUUUCGCAGUCUGUUGGACACCAUGGUGUUUAUAUUCAUUAUUAUUAGAAGUACAAGCUUUAUUAAAUGUUGAAAAUGAUUUACCAUCAGCAAGUACAUAUGAUUUAUUAAAAUUUAAUCGAUUAUUCAAUUCAAGUCAACAAGCAAUUCACAAAGAGGAUGAAACAUGGAAAUACUCUAUUGGUUUGAAAACAUGUGAAGACUUUCUAUGGUAUACAAUGAAUCAAUCACUACCUAUUAUGAAUGGAAAUUUUACAAUGGAUUCAUCGAUUGACUUAAUGAAACCAAAUAUGAAUAUUAUACCGGGGAGACACAUAAAAAUUAUUGAUCUUUUAUUAAAAUUAUUUGCAAUGGGAUCCGCCUGUGUCAAUCCAUUGUUGUAUGGAUGGUUAAAUGAACCGAUACGUGUAAUAAUGCGUAGACAAUACAGUAGAUUUGAAGGAUGCUUUAAAUGCUUUGAAAUUAGCCGACGUCAUACAGACAAUAAAAAACAUAUGAAAAAUUAUAUAGAGGAACAAAACUUACAAAAAAGACCAUUAACUAAUACGUCUUGCUUUGAUAAACACAAGUCAACAUUAUUAUUAUCAUCAUCAUCAUCCAAAUUUUUGAGACCUUCACAUUUCAUUAGAUCCAAUUCAGAUUAUGAUACGAAACCAAAAGUGAAAACUGACAGACCGAAAAUUGGUAGUAAGCAACUAAAUGAUGCUCAAUCAGUGAGUUAUGCUGAAGGAGAUACUGAUCUCAAUAACAAAGACAAUUUAAACCAAAUAGUCGUAAUAAAAUAAUAAUAAACUUGACUCUGAUACUGGGAUUUUAACAAACAAUAAUAAUAAUAAUACUGUCGACAGUAAUCGAGGCUAGUUUGAUUUACUGCCACUAAAAAGACUUAAAUUUAGAGGAAAACCACAAGUUAAUAGAUUAUAACUGAACGUAUUCGAUUGUUAGAGUAAAACACCAAAUUAUUCAAAUUUAAUUCCUUAAUUUUUUUCCAGACAUAAAAGAGAACGUUCCACACUUCAUAUACAAAGAAACAGAGAAUCUGUUAACUUUUAUGUAUCCAAGGAUGACGAAUAAGUAGAUGGUAAGUGAAUAUAAACAUGUGGAUUUAAACACGUUCUUUUCUCUUAUUUAAAAAAGACUGAUGAUAAGAAUAACUCCAUUUAUGAGAUGCUUCAGUCAGUGCAACUCAUUCAAGAUUAGGAAAACACCUGGUAAAUAUAACAAGAACGAUCACGGUCGAAUUCAUGUACUACUGUAAUAACUUCAAAUUAUCUUGUUCGUUUGCAUAAAAUCCAUUACCAAAGGGAAAAGAAGGAAACAGUCUGAUUCGUAGAAAACCCAGGAGUGAAAUACUUCAAAAAUUCCAUACAAAACUAAGAGUAAUAUAAUUUGUGGACUCGUUGAUCACUCUAUAAAUGUAUGCCAACAUUAGUGGCUGAGAAAUAUACAACGUAUGCUUAGCCCCACCUACAUUAAAAUCAAAGUAGACUGGAAAACAGACUAUUACCAGAUCAAGUCAUAUCGCUGGUGUGUAAGUUAGCUGACGGUUUGCUUGGUUUCUGUAUGAAAGUUCACACAUUCUGGAUAUAAUUUUGAAGUCCAUCGUAACUUGUAGUCUACGGUCGCAAAAUAACAUGUCUAAAAAGUUAUCUUAGUAAAAUGAAUAAUAUAUCCUAUAUCUAAAUAACAAACAUGGGAUAUCUAUAAACUAAUAAGAAAAGCUUAAGCUUAUUGAAAAGUCCAAUAAAAAACCACAAUCAAAACUUCACGAAAACGAAGCACCGAAAUUUAUAACCCACAUAUUGAUACAAUUCAACAUUCAUGUAAUCAAGAUAAAAGCAGUAAAACGUCAGAAGAGUAAUAGAAUCUUAGAUACUGCUGAAUACGAUCUCUUUAAGAGCCUUAAUUUUUAUAUCACUACUACUCAUGCAUAAAAUCAAGAGACAAUACAUAAAUAAUAAGCUUGAAAACACAGCGUAUGUGUUGUUCACACGCAUUUGAAAGCCAUUUCGUCCUAGUGGUCUAGAGGUCGAACGGUCGUGCGAGACUAAAGGAUCUAGGUUCAAGUCCCGCGUGUGGAGUUGUGAACGCACAUUGUUGAGUAGUCC